UCAUCACCGCCAAGUACCAUCAUAAUCCACAACUCCCAUCGUUCCGACCACCGCCGCCGCCGCCGCCACGACUACCUUCAUCCUCCACAUACAAGCAAAGCCAUCCGUAUCCAUCACCGUCGCUGGCACCGCCGUUGCAACAACAACAACAACAACAACAAAGCCACCACCUCCACCGCCGCCACCACCAUCACCACCAUCACCACCACCACCACCACCACUACUACUACUACUGCUACUACUACUACUACUACUACUACUACUACUACUACUAUUACUACUACUACUACUACUACUACUACUACUACUACUAUUAGUACUGCCACAAUUGCCGGGAGAUUCUUGUUCUUCCUAUUCAACUGUCAAGUGGUCAUGACAGAACUGGCAAGGGGCUUUCCUAGCAGUGCAGUGAGCAGUGAAGGAUUCCUGCUAUCUGGGAAAAAUGCCCAAACACCUCAUCGUUGGUCAAUCGGCGGCACUCGAACUCAGAUGCUCUACAAUAGAAACGCAUUCUUUCUUUCAAUUCUACCAAAUGGGACUAUAAGAUCCGGCGAAAGAUCAAACAUUUUCGCCGUUCUACAAUUAUACACAGUAGCAGCAUCUGUUGUGGCUAUCCAAGCCAGAAUGACUGGUUAUUUCUUGUGCAUGAAUUAUCUUUCACAGUUAUAUUCAAGUAAAGAAUUCUCUGAUGACUGUGCAUUUUAUGAAACGUUACUCCAGCAAUACUAUACCACAUUCUACAGUAAUAAAUACAAGAAAAAAUUGAACAAAACGUGGUAUAUAAGUAUUGACAAAAAAGGACGGCCUCGACGAGGCAAUCGUAGUAAUAAUCAUCAAAUACGAGUCAUGUUUCUGCCGUUAGAUGCAGAUGAAGCGUUGAUAAAAAAAAUUGAAAGUGAACAACGAACUAAAACCGGUUCUAAUACUUCUGCUACAACAGCUAUUGAUGCAGUACGGACAGCACAACCCCCCGGCACGGGGGGAUUAAGCACUGUUUCAAUAGACAUGAGUUCGCCGAAAUUGGCAUCAACGACAACCGCCACAACGUCAACGGCGUUGGCAGGACAAAUGUUGACAACGCCCACGACUACGACCACUUACAGAAAAACGCCCAGAAAGAAAAAGCACCGUUGCAAAAUGAAAAGCCGUUUGCAAAGGAAAGCUUGCAAAAGAAAGAGAAGACGGCGAAGACGCUGCAAAGAAGCACGUCUAAAAAACAAACGCUGUCGAAAGAAAAAGAGAAAACUUUUAACAAAAGAUACUGAAGUCAAAUGACACAGAAGUUUGUAUAUGAAGGAAAGAAAAUUAAGAAGAAAAAAAGAGAGUCAAUUAAAUAAAAUCUAAAAAAACUAGACAAAGGGGAUAUAUAAAGGGAAGGGACCGGGAUACGGAAAUGUCUAACGAAGACAUAAACGAAAAUAACAGACGGAUUGUGUAGAGAAAUUAAUAUUUCUUGUUUCACAACAUACGUACUUUGUACGAAUAUAUAAAAAUACAAAUCAAAGCAAUUAUGCAAAUAAAUGGAUACAAGUAUGUGUGCCUAUAUGUGCGCGGCGAGCUUGUGUUCGAAUAUAUAUAUAUAUAUAUAUAUGUGUAUAUAUAUGUUUGUGUGUAUAUAUAUGUUUGUGUGUAUGUGUGUGUAUCUAUGU